GCCGGCCUGCGGGGUUCGGGUCCGGGCGGGGAGCGCGGCCUGGCGGUCGGAGCGGGCCACUGGCCGCCCGGACUCUCGGGUUCUCCCCGUGGCUUGGGCCGGGGCCGCGCUGCCAGCGGGCAGUGGCGCGGUGUCGGGGCGGGGGAUGAGAGGAUCGCGGUUCUCGCUCCCCGCGCGGGGAGAAGGGGGGUCGGGGGCUGACGCCUGCCAAGCAGCCGGCGAGGGGGAGCGGCGCGGAGAUGCCGAGGGGUUGAUGAUGAUGAUGAUGGCGGGGCUGUCGAUAGUUUUCCUUCUAGGCUCUUCGGGCAAGCAGCUGAGUUUGGGGGCCAUAACCAUGGACCCACUCUCGGAGUUGCAGGAUGACCUGACCCUGGAGGACACCAACCAGUCCCUGAGCCAGCUCAAACUGGCUUCCUUAGAUGAUAAGAACUGGCCAGCAGAUGAAGUGCCUGUUUUUCCCAAGUCAGAGGACACCAACUGCUCCCCUGAGCCCAUCACUCACCUGCGCUGGGAUGAUCCAUACUACGAUAUUGCUAGGCACCAGAUCGUGGAAGUAGCAGGUGAUGACAACUAUGGACGGAAAGUCAUUUUGUUCAGUGCCUGCCGGAUGCCGCCCUGCCAUCAACUUGACCAUGUGAAACUGCUGCAGUAUCUUAAGUUCACACUGGACCAGUAUGUGGAGAGUGACUACACAUUGGUGUAUCUGCACCAUGGCCUCACCAGUGAGAACAAGCCGUCCCUGAGCUGGCUGCGGGAUGCCUACCGGGAAUUUGACCGCAAGUACAAGAAGAACAUCAAAGCGCUGUACAUUGUGCACCCAACGAUGUUCAUCAAGACUCUGCUGAUUCUCUUCAAGCCUCUGAUCAGUUUCAAGUUUGGACGGAAGAUUUUUUAUGCAAACUUCCUGAGCGAGCUGGAGGAGCAUGUGAAGCUGGAGCAGCUGGGGAUCCCAAGCCAGGUGCUAAAAUAUGACGAGUACCUGAAAUCACUGCAGAAACCCUCUCAAGUGCCCCAGAAGCUGACCCCACCGCGCCCACCCCUGCCAAACCAGCAGUUUGGGGUCUCUCUGCAGCACCUAAGGGAGAAGAGCUCUGAUCAGGCCCCCGUCCCACUGGUGGUCAGGGAAACCAUUGCCUAUCUGCGGGAGCAUGCUCUGACCAAAGAGGGGAUUUUCCGGAGAUCAGCUUCCACACAGAUUGUCAAAGAGGUCCAACAAAAAUACAACAUGGGGAUACCAAUGGAUUUCCAGCAAUAUGAGGACAUUCACCUUGCUGCCGUGAUCCUCAAGACAUUCCUGCGGGAGCUGCCAGAGCCCCUGCUGACCUUUAGCCUCUACAACCACGUUGUCAACUUCCAGAAUGUGGAGGAGUCGAAUCGUGUGGAUGUUGUUCGCAAAACCCUCCAGACCCUACCCGAGGAAAACUACCGAGUGCUCUGUUUCCUGAUGGCUUUCCUGGCAGAGGUCUCCUCUCACAGUGACGUAAACAAGAUGACAAACACCAACCUGGCCGUGGUUUUCGGCCCAAACCUGCUGUGGGAUAAGGAUGUAGCCAUCACCCUCAAGGCCAUCAAGCCUAUCAACACCUUUACCAAGUUCCUGCUGGACUACCAGGGGGUGCUGUUCCAGGACAUGGAGGCCUGAGCCGGGGCCAGCCCACAUUAGCACACUGUGCCCACCUUCCCCCUCCCUCUUCCUACCUUGUCGUGGAGCCGUGGCCAGGAGCCUCCAGCACAGAGGGUCCAUUGGAGCUGCAGGCGCUGAGCUGAGUGAGGGCUGUGGAGAUGGUGUGAGAGUGAGUGAGCAGGCAACCAUUUGCCAGAGGUCGGGAAGGGGAGCUGGUUUCCCCAUUCCUGGGAGUGGAGUCUUGUCCCCAUGGCCAUUCUGUGCAGCUCAUCCCUGGCCAUGCUGCCCUACUGGGGGCUGUUCCCUCCUUCCUUCCCCUCACGGGCUUCUUUCUGCCCUCCUCUCCUCCCCGCAGCAACCCCUCUUCUGUGCAAUGCCCCAAGAUCCCAGCUCAUUCCUCCUGCCUGCAUCACCUAGGCAGGACUUGGCUCGAGUUGUGUGGCAGGAGGCUCCCUGUGCCAGCCCCUCCUCUCAGGAGCUGAGUGCAGAGUCCUGGCUCCCGCCCUCACCCAGAGCAGGUCAGGUAAGCCUUGUGCUUCAGGUGUUAGUGAGGACAGCUCCUGGGCUAACACCAACCCUCCCCUUGGCUCGCAGCAGGCAUGUGAAGGAGAAACUGACUCUCGGGGGACUGGGCCAUUGGGCCCUGCCAGAGACUCUGUGACUGAGGGGAGUUGGCUUAGCCCCACCCCCUGCUGGCACUACUACUCCGAGGAGCCAAUAAUGCCUCUCCAAGGGGCGCUAGCAUCCACUGUGAGUGCUGUUCACCUUCACUAACAGGGCUGUGAUGGGCAUGGGGUGUGUGGCGGGUGGUAGCCCAGGACUACUCUGCUCUGGCUCUAAUGGUCCCCUUGGCUUUGUCCUCAGCUCGUGGUGGGAGGGUUUUACUCCAGACCUGGCCUCAGUGGGCAUGCGCUGCAUGGGGAUGCGGGCUCCCCUUUGUAAUGCUCUGUGAUCAGUGAGCUUGUUGGAAUCAUGCAGGGAGCAAGUGCCCUGGUGGCACUUGACUUCCCACUGCCAAACCCCACAAUUGACACUGCCCUUCCUCAUGGCUGCAGCACAGGGACAUCCUGGGUCCCCUGUUUAUCUGCUGGCCAGCCCCUGAGCCCAGCUGCUUUUUGACUUCGGGGUGAGUGGAAUUUUAUCCAGCAAAAAUGUAAGUGAGAAUAUGGCCCGAAGGGAAGGGCCUGUGCACUGAGGCCAAACCUUAGCCAGAGUGUGAGAGGCCUGGAUUGCAGGAACCUGCCCAGGUGCUGAGCUCUCACGUGCCAAAGCCUACAGCGUGCCCCUAGCCCAGCUCCUCACUACCCCAUAUGUCGGUUCCACCCCUUCAGGGGAGCUACUUUGAUGCACCCCUUAUGUGCUAGGGAGGGAGAUGGCUCUCUACAGGCCAGGCUCAGGAACAGAGCAGCUCCUGUGAGAGAGGAGCUUUCACACUGGAGCGAGACUCUCAGUUUCUAGCCUCACUCCCCAAGACCCAUAAUUCUUGUGCCCUGCUCCCCCUGGCCAGUCCUGCUCCCAGCUGCACCACAGCAGUGGGGAAACAUUGGGACCAAGCAGAGCUCAUUUUAUAAAGUGGCAGUUGAUCUGCUUUUAAUAGGAUUUUAACCUGCUCUUGAAAGUGACCAAAGGCUGAUACCCUGGUUUAAAAAUAGACAAACUUCUGAUGAGCACCAACAACAGGAAUGGGGUCUCCUCUGCCAGGCCUAGGAGCAGGGACCCAGGAUUGGCAAGAACUCUGUCCUGCAGUAGAGCCCCGGCCCAGCUCGGCAACUCUAGCUAUUGCCAAUUGAUUGGCUGCUCUUGGGGUGACCCACAAAAGGGUGAGAUGGGCAAGUGGAGGAGCAGAGAAUUCUGAGGACUGGAGAACAGAUUGUGCAUGGCUUGGGGCUACCCAUCCCACCCUGGGUACUGAGUGAAUCUCUCUCUGGGAGGCUGAAGGGCCCGUGGAGGGGAGGGACCAGGCCUGGAUCUGGACGUGCUGCUCUGUGAGUUGAAUUUCUGCCUGUUGGGCUGGGACACAAAUGCCCUUUGCUGUGAAUAAGUCCAUAGUGAUGGUUUGGGUGGGUCACAGAGGGCUUCUAGUUCACCUUGACUUCUGCUAGAUCCAGCAUGGAGGGUAGCUCUGCCAUGGAGGUUUCUUGGGAAAGCUGGAGGGUCUCAGUGCUCCUAUUGAAGUGGGGGGGGAGGGGGGCAGUGUAGGAAGAGCCCUACACUCGUCCCAUGAGUUUUGUUAGGCCAUGCUCCGUGGGACACUCUGGAAAGGGGUGUUGUCUGCGUGACCCCAUAUCACAUCUUUUGUCUCCCCAUCUCAAGGGAGUAUCCCCUCCUGCAUGUAUUUCAGAGCCAAGCUAGGCUGGGCUUGCUCACGUUAUCUGGGCCACAGCUAAAUGUUUGUUGGCCUAGAUCUGCCCAGAGGAAAGGAAAAACCUGCUGGUCGCCUUGGGAACAACCAGAAGCUUAAGCCCAGUAGCCUAGAACAGAAAUUCCCCAUGGGCUGGGGCACAAGGACCUGGCUACAGGCUCAUCCGCUGCUCCCUGCAGUGAGUUCCAGCUGGGAGCACUGAAUCCUGACCUGCUCGGUGUUGAGAAAAGCUGGGCUGGGCUGCGGCAGGGGCAGGCUGAGGCUGCACUUGGGGCAGGUAUUUCCUUAGCUUCCAAGAGACACUUUUAAAAAAUAUUCUAUAUAGUUAAAACUCCUGAGUUUAUGGCUUUCCUAUUGAGUGUAAUGGGACCUGCUGCAAAUCCCUGUGCUAGGGGAUGACCCUGCUCCUGGAGCAGAGCCCUGCAUGGGGAAGGGAGCAGACUUGGAGCAAGGUCAGGCUCUUGGUACUGCAGAUGGUGGGAAUGGGCUCGCAAGGUCUUGGGUGCACUCCAGUGUAAAUAUUCCCAUUCCUUUACCCAACCCCUGCCUGCUUCCCCCGAGCUGCCAAGAGGCUUGGAACAGGCACAUCAGCGAUCACUACUUUGCUACUGCAAUUUAUUCUUCGGGAUGCCUUUUAUGAAAAUACUACUCUUGUGGCUUGUGUGUGAAGCUGUGGCCUGGGCCUGACUGCAGUCCUUGGCUCCCCAUGCCGGGUGGCAGGUGGGCAACCGAGUCCACGUCUCUGCCAACUAACUCAGGACUGAAUUGCCUUCCUAGUCUGGCUGCCUCCUUGGGUGUACAGCCUGAGGCAGAGCUGGGAGGGCGGCAACAUGCAGGUAGCUGGAGUGGCUAGAGGACCAACCUUGGCCCAAGAGACUACGUUCUAGUCCCUGGUGCCUGUAAGAGGUGGUUGGUAGCACGUUAGGGGCCCAUGGUUACUCUGUAUUUGUCUCCCAUAGUGUGUCCUCCUCCUGGGUACAGCUGCCCAAGGGCCCCUUCCCCAGCGUGGCUUCCAUACUAAAUAUUGGCCACAGCAGCCCUUUGAGGGUGACAUGUUUUGUCUCCUCUCUGUGUCCUGCUCUGCGGCACCCAACUUCCCUCCCCCCCUCAUUCCAGUGGUGUCUGAGCAACCUGUGAGCACACACUCCACAACUGGCCCCAGCUGUCAGCUCUCUGCCUCUCUCUUCUGCAACCAGAGCCUUUGGGUGAUGCAGAUGAAGGCAAGGUCAAUAUGAUGCCUUAUGGUAACCUCUCUGCUGACUCAGCAGAGACCUCUGAGGGCCAAACUAGCCCCUGGUUGCUCUUUCAAGCAGUGGGGCUCUAGUGCAAUUUAUAGCUUUGCUUUUUGUUGGUGGUGUUCCCUGCCUUCUCUCCAGUUGAUGUUCAGCAGGCACAGGGCUGGGGUUUUUACUGAGACAUUAAUUCACUUCCAUGUUUAUUUCCUUCUACACUGCACCGAUCCUGUAUUUCACAGUUUGCACUUUUUUGUAUUUCAAUAAAAACCAAAACUCAGCCCCAGA